CUUUGCAAAAAUCAAACCUUUUACAUUUCUGUAACCCUAAAAGAAGAAAAAGUUAAUAGGAACACAUACAUUGUAAUGUGUUAGGCUUUUUUAGCUUGUUUUCCUCUUAUAUAAAGGUCAAAGGUAAUGGAGAACUCAAUUGGACAAUCAAGCACAUAAGCAAAGCCUGUUUGGUUUUUCUUGUCUUUCUCUCCCCCCCCCCCCUUCUUUUAUUCUCAAGAAUAAAGUGUAGAAGAGAAAAGCAUAAGGCAAAAGGGCAUUGCUUCUUUUUUUUUUUUGUGCGUGUGUGUAAAGAAAGAGUGUCGUUUGUUUUUUUGGCCAUGGCAAUGGUCUUAAACUCCAAGCUUCCUGUAGUGUUGAACGCUUUGUUGGUUGUUCUGUUAGCAAUAUCCGGGGUUUGUUUAGUUUCUGGUUCUGUUUCCUAUGACCAUAAAGCUAUCACCAUUAAUGGGCAAAGAAGGAUUCUACUUUCUGGAUCCAUUCACUACCCAAGAAGCUCUCCUGAGAUGUGGCCAGACCUUAUACAGAAGGCUAAAGAAGGAGGGCUGGAUGUGAUUCAGACAUAUGUUUUUUGGAAUGGACAUGAGCCUGCACCUGGCAAAUAUUACUUCCAAGGAAACUAUGAUUUGGUCAAAUUUAUUAAGCUGGUGCAGCAAGCAGGCCUCUAUGUUCAUCUCAGGAUUGGUCCUUAUGUCUGUGCUGAAUGGAACUUUGGGGGUUUUCCUGUUUGGCUGAAGUACAUUCCAGGUAUCGUUUUCAGAACAAACAAUGGACCUUUCAAGGCUCAAAUGCAACGAUUUACAAAAAAGAUUGUGGAUAUGAUGAAAGCUGAAAGGUUGUAUGAGUCUCAAGGGGGUCCUAUUAUUCUAUCUCAGAUUGAAAACGAAUACGGGCCCAUGGAAUAUGAACUCGGUGCACCUGGUAAAGCUUAUAGUUACUGGUCAGCCAAAAUGGCUUUGGGACUAGCCACUGGUGUUCCCUGGGUCAUGUGCAAGCAAGAUGAUGCGCCGGACCCUAUUAUUAACACCUGCAAUGGGUUCUACUGUGACUACUUUUCUCCUAACAAGGCCAACAAACCAAAGAUGUGGACUGAAGCCUGGACAGGCUGGUAUACUGAGUUUGGAGGGGCAGUUCCUUACAGACCUGCUGAAGACUUGGCAUUUUCAGUUGCGAGGUUUAUACAAAAAGGAGGAUCGUUUGUUAAUUAUUAUAUGUAUCAUGGAGGAACAAAUUUUGGCCGAACUGCUGGGGGUCCUUUCAUUGCUACUAGCUAUGAUUAUGAUGCUCCUCUUGAUGAAUACGGACUGAAGAGGCAACCCAAGUGGGGUCAUUUGAAAGAUUUGCAUAGAGCAAUAAAGCUUUGUGAACCAGCUUUAGUAUAUGGAGACCCAACCGUGAUUCGACUUGGAAAUUAUCAGGAGGCUCAUGUAUUCAAAUAUAAGGCUGGAGGUUGUGCUGCCUUCCUUGCAAAUUACAACCCGAGAGAUUAUGCAACAGUUUCCUUCAGGAACAAUCACUACAACCUACCUCCUUGGUCUAUCAGCAUUCUUCCCGACUGCAAGAAUACUGUGUAUAACACUGCAAGGAUUGGAGCCCAAAUUGCUCGGAAGAAAAUGGUUCCUGUUCCCAUGCAUGGAGGACUCUCUUGGCAGGCAUACAAUGAAGAGACUGCUUCAGUUGCUGACAGUUCAUUCACAAUGGUUGGGUUGUUGGAGCAGAUAAAUACAACCAGAGAUGCAACUGACUAUUUGUGGUACACAACAGACGUUAAGAUUGACCCCCAUGAAGGAUUCUUGAGGAAUGGAAAAUCUCCUGUUCUUACUGUCUUAUCAGCUGGCCAUGCUUUGCAUGUUUUUGUCAAUGGUCAACUAUCAGGAAGUUCCUAUGGAAGUCUAGAAUUCCCCAAACUAACAUUCAGCCAACGUGUUAAUUUGAGAGCUGGUAUCAAUAAAAUUUCACUUCUGAGCAUUGCUGUUGGUCUCCCGAAUGUUGGUCCACACUUUGAGACAUGGAAUGCUGGUGUUCUUGGUCCAGUUACACUGAAUGGUCUCAAUGAGGGAAGGAGAGAUCUCUCAUGGCAGAAAUGGUCUUACAAGAUUGGCCUUAAGGGAGAAGCCUUGAAUCUUCUUUCACUAAGUGGUAGUUCAUCCGUGGAGUGGGCACAGAGGUCUUUUGUCUCACAAAGGCAACCACUUACAUGGUACAAAACAACUUUCAAUGCUCCAGCUGGAAAUUCUCCAUUGGCUUUAGAUAUGGGUAGUAUGGGCAAAGGCCAGAUUUGGAUAAAUGGAAAGAGCAUUGGACGCCACUGGCCUGCAUAUAAAGCAUCUGGAAAUUGUGGUGUCUGUAGUUAUGCCGGAACAUUUAACGAGAAGAAAUGUGGAACUAAUUGUGGAGAGGCCUCUCAAAGAUGGUACCACGUUCCUCGUUCAUGGCUCAACCCAACAGGGAAUUUGUUGGUUGUGUUUGAGGAAUGGGGUGGAGAUCCGAAUGGAAUUACUUUGGUACGCCGAGAAACUGACAGUGUCUGUGCUGAUAUCUACGAGUGGCAACCGAACCUAAUGAAUUACCUGAUGAAAGCCUCUGGUAAAGUCAACAAACCCCUAAGGCCAAAAGUGCAUUUAGAGUGCGAUGCUGGGCAAAAAAUCUCAGCAGUUAAGUUUGCCAGUUUCGGAACACCGGAAGGGGUCUGUGGAAGCUACCGCGAAGGAAGCUGUCAUGCUCACCACUCUUAUGAUGCUUUUAAUAGGCUUUGUGUUGGACAGAACUUCUGCUCAGUGACUGUCGCACCAGAAAUGUUUGGAGGAGACCCGUGUCCUAAUGUGAUGAAGAAACUCUCUGUGGAGGUCAUUUGCAGCUGAUGAACACAUCAGAAACAUAUGAAAGAAACAAAUAAUUUUCUCUAAAUCCAACCCAUCACUCCGUAUUCUUGUCUUUCAAGUAAAUUAAGAUCGCAACCAUUUAUUUCGGCUUUUACAGGGUGAAGUUGUACAAUUAUACAACACGCCCCUUGGCAAAAAGCUUAUUAGAUUGUGAAGUGAUUGCAGAAUAAGCUCUAUGUAUAUACACAAAUACGUAUUCCUGCAUGAUAUACAGAAAACCGAAGAAGCAAUGGAAAUCCGUAGAAGCUGCGCAUUGAGACAAUGUACCGAGUCCAUGUGCAAAGUGUUAUGUUGUUUAGGAUAAGCAGGGAAGCCUCUGGCUUCUGGUGGUAAAAGAGUGGAUUGUCUUGUAAUCAUAUAUAUUUGAACAAUCUGGGAAGCAAUCUUAUCAUUUCUUUGUUCUGGAAGAUAAUAAAAUCAUGUCUUUCAUCA